UGUAUACAUUAAAAGGAAAAAAAAAGUAUUGUAAAUGUACUCUAUGUAAAAAAAAAAAAAUUUAAUUUCGGAAUUUAAUUUAGGUUAUAAAUGAAACUAACAAUCUCUUCGCUAUUGGUUUCAAUAAUGCCCGUUAAAAUUAAAUUAAUAAUAACAUCAGUAUUAAAAUAGGCAGAGGAAAAGUUAUCUGAAACAGCUUUUAUAUUAUUUUUUAAUUUAAAAAAGCCAACUAUCAUGUGUGGUAUUUUAUUUGAGAUUCGAAAUUCCGGUCGUACAAUAAUGGAGGAUGAACAGAUUCUGCAACGAAUAAAAAACAGAGGGCCUGAUUGUAUCAAUUCAACUGAACUUGUUAUAAAUGAUGUAACAAGCUUAUACUUUUGUGGUUCAGUGUUAUGGAUGCAGGGGCUUAAUCCUACAGAACAACCUGUUAUUAAGGAGCAAGGCAUUCUUCUGUUCAAUGGGGACAUUUUCGACAGAACUUGGGAUACUAAAAUUAGUGACACAGAAUUCAUUAUGGAGAAAUUAAGUAAAAGUCAGACUGCAGAACAAAUUAUAUCAGAAAUAAAGAUGUUCAAAGGUCCAUUUAGCUUAAUAUAUUAUGAUAAAGUUUCUCAUCACUUGUUUUUCUCAAGAGAUAGAAUUGGAAGGAACUCUUUGCUUUUCCACAGGUCUGGCAGUUCUUUUGUUAUCAGUAAUGUAUUAGGCAGAAAGUACCCAUGCAUUGAAGUACCAGCUACAUAUAUUUAUGAACUAAGCAUAAAUGAAAACCGAAUAAAUUUAUACACUUGGGACAAAGAUACAAACAUUUGCAAAACAUACUCUGUAGAAGAAUGGACACAAAAUGUUCAAAAACAACAACUUUUGUCAGAUGAUGAAUUUGUUAUUAAUUUUGAUACAUUGGACCUAAAUGAUGAGGAUAAUGUUAUUGAACAAAUAGAAAAUGUUUCUAAGAAACACAAUGAUAAACUAACAAUUAUGAAAAAUCUUUUGGAAAAUACUGUCAUACUGAAUACUGUUACAAAAAUAGCAGAGUUAUUAGAAAAAAGUGUUAAAGUUCGAUUGGAGAUUCAACCAAAGAAAUGCAAAGACUGUAUAAAAAAGGAAACCACUUUAUGCUGUCAUUGUACUACAGGAAUACUGUUCUCUGGUGGUUUGGAUUGUACAAUUCUAGCAAUUCUUGCAAAUAAAUAUGUGCCCAAAAAUCAGCCCAUAGAUCUUAUCAAUGUUGCAUUCACAACUAAGACUAAUUCUUCUUAUGAGGUUCCAGAUAGAAUCACAGGCCGUCAAUCAUUUGAAGAGCUAAAAAACAUAUGUAAAUUGAGGCAGUGGGUCUUUCAUGAAGUAAAUAUACCUAGAGAAAAACUAGAGUAUUACCAGGCCUUGACUAUUGGUGACUUGGUCUACCCAAGACGUACAAUAUUGGAUGAAAGUCUGGGUACAGCUUUAUGGUUUGCUGCAGGCGGUGGAUUAGAGAAGAACAAUGAUGUGUCAACUUGUAGGAUUUUAUUACUUGGUUCCGGGGCUGAUGAACUAUUUGGUGGCUACACAAGACAUAGAAAUGCUUUCAAACGGAGGGGUUGGUUAGGUUUGUCUAAGGAACUCAUAUUAGACUGGAAACGAAUAUCAUUUAGAAAUCUUGCCAGAGAUAACAGAGUUAUUUGUGAUCAUGGUAGACAGCCAAGGAUGCCAUACUUAGAUGAGGAUCUUGUUGAUUAUGUUUUAAAACUGAAACCAUGGCUGAAAUGCUUUCCAAGUGCUAGUUUAGAAUGUGGAAUUGGCGAUAAACUGAUUCUGAGACUUACAGCUCUUCAUAUUGGGCUGACUGAGGUUGUAACUCUUCCAAAAAGGGCUCUGCAAUUUGGAUCGAGAAUAGCUAACAGUAAGCAAAAAGGCAGCGACGUAUCUAGCACUUUUAUUGAUAUAUGAGUCAUGAGCAAAAAUUUUUAAGUCUUCGUAUAAAAAAUAAAACUACUAAAUACAG